AUGUUUUAUAUAAUUAAGAAUGUAAUACGAAACACAAAAUGCGUUGACAAUGUAAAGUCAAAAUUCCUUUUAAAUGAACUAUGCUUAAAACAUGAAAAGGAAAUAAAUCAUAAAUUAAGUCCCUCUAGUUACUCUCCUUCGAAUUUGUUUUUUAAUGACAUAUCAAUAAACUUAGAAAAUGUAAAAAAUAAAGAAAAUAAUGUUCUCCUUUUUAAUAAAGUUAGAAAUGAUAAGAGGCACAGAAAGCGAGCCUUUCAAAAAAGAGGGUAUUGGAAGAAAAUGCAUUACUUUGUAAGAAAAAGUAACAUGAUGUGCUUUGCAUUUAAAGUUCAAAAUAUAGAUUACGAAAAAAUUAAAAAACUAAAAAGAGGAGAAAUAUAUUCAAACUAA